AUCAUCUCCCGACGUCGACGCCGCGAAAACUUCUCAAUUUAUUUGCGCCAUUCUCCUAGUUCCUUCGCCUUCCCCAACUCUCCAACACCAAUCGACACUCCAAUUCCAGUAUCCAAAUUGCCGACCAGCUGAUCCCUUCCGAGCUCUCCGAAUCCAAGAAAUGGCGGACCUCUUCCUCGGCAGCCCCUUCAGGCGCCUGCUCUACGCCCGCCCGUACGCCUCGGCCACGGCCGCCAUGGACUGGGUGGAGACCCCGACCUCCCACAUCAUCAAGAUCAACGUCCCGGGGCUGGGCAAGGACGACGUGAAGGUGCAGGUGGAGGACGGCAACGUGCUGAGCGUCAGGGCCGCGGCGAGGGAAAAUGGAAAGGAGGAAAACGAAGAGACCGUGUGGCACGUGGCGGAGCGCGGGAAGCCGGAGUUCGCGCGGGAGGUGGUGCUGCCGGAGCACGUGAAGGUGGAGCAGAUCAGGGCCGGCGUGGAGAACGGCGUGCUGACCGUCAUCGUGCCCAAGGAGCCCGCGCCCGCCCGGCCCAGGACCAGGCCCAUCGCCGUCUCCAGCAAGCUCUGAGACCGCCGGACUCUCUGUGUGCCGUGUGCGUGGUGGUGGAAAG